CUGUUAUGUCAAUCUUAUCAAGAAAACCUCAAGAUAAGACAGCAGCAGUGUUGCAGCAUCUCCAAGACUGUGAACAUCCUUGAUGAAUUAUCCAGAUCAUUUUUUGUACAAGAAAUCCUUUAUAAUUUGUAGCUUAAACCGUUACUUACCUUACGACGAGAAUAGGAUGGCGAACAUAGACCCGGCAGCGAAUCAACUCACCGACUUUCACAAGAAAAAGCAGACGCCGCACCGAUCCACUAACCCUCACGGAUGUCCCUUACCCACCCUGACGAAAUCCCUCACUGUGGGGCCUCGAGGUCCGAUCCUUCUCCAAGACACCAACUUGGUCGAACACUUGGCUGCUUUUGACCGUGAACGAAUUCCCGAGCGUGUCGUGCAUGCUAAAGGAGCCGGUGCGUUCGGCUAUUUUGAGGUGACCCAUGACAUCACCAGAUGGACGAAGGCAGCUCCUUUCGAAUUCGUAGGAAAAAGGACGGAUGUGGCGGUGCGAUUUUCCACGGUGGGUGGAGAAAGUGGAUCUGCGGACACGGCUCGGGAUCCGAGAGGAUUUGCGGUCAAGUUGUACACGGAGGAUGGAAAUUGGGAUUUGGUUGGGAACAAUACGCCCAUUUUCUUCAUUCGGGACCCAAUCCUCUUCCCGUCAUUCAUCCACACGCAGAAAAGGAACCCGCAAACUCAUCUUAAGGACCCCGACAUGUUUUGGGAUUUCAUUUCCCUUCGUCCUGAAACGACCCAUCAGGUCUGUUUCCUCUUCGGCGACCGAGGAACCCCCGACGGAUAUCGGCACAUGAACGGCUACGGCUCCCACACCUUCAAGCUCGUCAAUGCGCAUGGAAAUCCAGUGUAUGCCAAAUUCCAUUGGAAAACGGACCAAGGGGUUAAGAAUCUUUGUCCCAAGAAGGCUCACCAGAUUUCUGCGGAUGAUCCCGACUAUUCAAUUCAUGAUUUGUACAAUGCAAUUGCAGAUCAUCGUUAUCCAUCCUGGAGUCUAAAAAUUCAGGUCAUGACAUUUGCCCAAGCCGAGAAAUUUCGUUACAAUCCUUUCGAUCUGACCAAGAUUUGGCCCCAAGCCGAGUUCCCACUUCAUCCUGUUGGACGCAUGGUUCUGGAUCGAAACCCCACCAGCUAUUUCAAUCAGGUCGAACAACUCGCCUUCGCUCCGGCCAACAUGAUUCCGGGGAUUGAGCCAUCCCCCGACAAGAUGUUGCAGGGUCGUCUCUUCUCCUACGUGGACACUCAUCGUCAUCGUCUCGGACCAAAUUAUGUCCAGAUUCCGGUCAAUUGUCCGCUCAGGUCUAUUCCACUCAGGACAUAUAAUCGGGAUGGGGCGAUGAAUGUGGACACGAUGCAUAAUGACGGUGCUCCAAACUACUUUCCCAACAGUUUCUCAGGUCCGGUGGAGACUCCCAAGGCGGAUAUUUCAUCCUACACCGCAUCCGGUCAAGUGGAACGGUACAACUCGGCCGAUGAUGACAACUACUCUCAAGUGACCACUUUCUGGAAUAAGGUGCUCGGACCGGAAGAGAGGAAAAGGUUGGCCGCCAAUAUUGGCGGCCAUCUCAAUGCAGCUUCUCCCUUCAUUCGGGAACGAGCCAUCACCAAUUUUGCGAAGGUCCAUCCCGAUUUUGGGAAGAUGAUCAGGGAGAAAAUCAACAGCAAUGUCGACUCGAACAAGGCCAAUCUCUAAUAUGUUUUAAGUAAAUGAUCAAUGGAAAGUUGAAUUAAAUAAAAAUAUGACACCUGCUAAAAUUAUGGAAAUAA